GUCACGUAACAAGGGCGGGAGCGCGUCAGUGAACCUGCUGGGCCCUGGAAACUUUGCUUGUCACUGAGCUCUUGCUCCUCCCACACAAGCUCACCAGCUCUAACAAGCAGGUGCAUGAUGCUUGGUGCCUCACCACGGCUUCGUACGUGACUCGAUGAAUUGACCGACAUCGCAUCAUCGCAUCAUCCAUCUCGCCGGAGCACGACUCGACUGCCUGGAAGUCCACGCCCUCACAGUUCCAGUCCGAGUCGUUCACGCCGACUCCGACGUCGCGAUGCCCACUGCGACGUUGCCCCAGAAGCGGGUGUUCGGCGAGGCCUCGAGUGCCCGUCGCAACAUCGUCGCCACGCCAGUCUCCUCCAAGAAGCGCCGUCUCGAUGAGCCGCCUUCGUCUCCCUCGGUCCGCUUCGCCGGCUCCCAAGCUGGCGGCAGGGGGAAGCUCGCGUCGAGCCAGCAGAAGAGCACCUUCGAGAGCGAAGUGCUGGAGCGCAUGAGCCAGGACAUCUCGGGGCUCAAGGAAACCAAUGCGGAGAAGGACCAGGUCUGGGACCGCCCGCCGGUACCCCGCGACUUCGAGCCAGACAAGGAUGCCCUUUGCUUCCAGGCCAUCGAAGCUGAGGAGGGCACGCUCGCUGGCGGGCAGGCCACCGUCAAGCUCUUUGGUGUCACUGAAAAUGGCAACUCUGUCCUGUUGCACGUGAAGGACUUCAAGCACUACCUCUACGUCGCCGCGCCUGUGUCUUUCACCCCCGAGGACUGCCCAAAGUUCAGGGCCUAUCUCGAGACACAGCUCGCCAUGCACCAGCCCGUCAUACAUUCUGUCGUUCUGACGAUGCGAGAAAACAUCUACGGUUUUCAGGGGAACAUCCAGAACCCCUAUCUGAAAAUUACUGUGAACGACCCAAAGUUCAUCAACAGGGUCCGCACCACCAUCGAGAGGGGUGACGCCAACUGGAAGGGCAUGUGGAAGAGUGCCGACGGCACUAUCAUGACAUACGACAAUAUCCAGUACCUGCUCAGAUUCAUGGUUGACUGCUCGAUCGCUGGGAUGGCCUGGGUCGAGGCGCCGGCUGGCCGGUAUCGUCUCGUGACCGACAAGCAGUCCAACUGCCAAAUCGAGGCCGAGAUGAGCUACAGAGACCUGAUCGCCCACAAGCCGGUCGGCGAGUGGUCCAAGAUGGCACCGCUGAGGAUCCUCUCCUUUGACAUUGAGUGUGCCGGCCGCAAGGGCAUCUUCCCCGAAGCCAAGCAUGACGCUGUCAUUCAGAUUGCGAACAUAGUCACCAAGUACGGAGACAAGAAGCCGUUUGUCCGGAAUGUGUUCUGUCUAGACACAACGAGCCCCAUCGUUGCCACGCAGAUCCUGUCCUUCGACCGAGAGGAGGAUAUGCUCUUGGCCUGGAGAGACUUCCUUGAGAAGGUCGAUCCUGACAUCAUUACCGGCUACAAUAUUGCCAAUUUCGACUUCCCCUACCUCCUCGACCGGGCCGCGCACCUGAAAGUGCGCGGCUUCGAGUACUGGUCGCGCACCCAUGUCAAGUCUGUGGCGAAGGACACCAGUUUCUCCAGCAAGCAGAUGGGCAAUCGCGACACCAAGGCCACCAACACGAACGGGCGGCUGCAGCUCGACCUAUUGCAGCUGAUCCAACGUGACCACCAGCUUCGGAGCUACACGCUGAACUCUGUCUGCUCGCACUUUCUGGGCGAGCAGAAGGAGGACGUGCACCACUCGAUGAUCACUGAACUCUUCGAGGGCACGCCCGAGUCGAGGCGAAGACUGGCGCUGUACUGCCUCAAGGAUGCCUACCUCCCCCAGCGCCUGAUGGACAAGCUAUCCUGUCUCGAAAAUUACACGGAAAUGGCAAGAGUCACGGGCGUCCCGUUCAAUUUUCUUCUCGCGAGAGGCCAGCAAGUGAAGUUCUUGAGUCAGCUGUUCCGCAAGGCUCUGGAGCAAAAACUGGUUAUACCCAACCUGAGGUCAGAGUCGUCAGAGGAGCAAUACGAAGGCGCCACCGUCAUUGAGCCCACGCGAGGUUACUACGACGUGCCCAUCGCCACCCUGGACUUUGCGUCUCUGUACCCCAGCAUCAUCCAGGCGCACAACCUCUGCUACACCACGCUGAUAAAAAAGAAGGACAUUGAGAAGUGGGGCCUCAAGAAGGACGAAGACUACAUCGUCACCCCGAACGGGGACAUGUUCGUUACCACCAAGCAGAGAAAGGGACUGUUGUCGCAGAUUCUCGAAGAGUUGCUGGCCGCCAGAAAACAGGCCAAGAAAGAACUGGCGGCCGAGACGGAUCCGUUCAAGAAGGCCGUGCUGAACGGUCGCCAGCUGGCCUUGAAGAUCAGCGCCAACUCGGUGUACGGCCUGACGGGUGCGACAAAUGGCAAGCUCCCUUGCCUGGAAAUUGCCAGUAGCACUACCAGCUUCGGUCGACAAAUGAUCGAGAAGACCAAGCAGGAGGUGGAGAAGCGGUACUGCAUCGCCAACGGGUACUCGCACGACGCCCAGGUCAUCUACGGUGAUACCGAUUCGGUCAUGGUCAAGUUUGGUACCAAGGACCUGGCGGAAGCGAUGAAGCUCGGCGAGGAUGCCUCGCAGUUCGUGUCCAGCAAGUUUAUCAAGCCCAUCAAGCUGGAGUUCGAGAAGGUCUAUUUCCCCUACCUCCUCAUCAACAAGAAGCGGUAUGCGGGGCUGUACUGGACCAAGCCGGACAAGUACGACAAGAUGGACACCAAGGGUAUCGAGACGGUCCGUCGCGACAACUGUUUGCUGGUGCAGACCGUUAUUGAGAAGGUGCUCCGGAUGAUUCUCAUAGACCAAGAUGUUCCGGGCGCGCAAGAAUACGUCAAGGACACGAUCGCAGACCUCCUGCAGAACAAGAUCGACAUGUCCAAGCUAGUCAUCACCAAGGCGCUGACCAAGGAGGACUACGCGGCGAAGCAGGCGCACGUAGAGCUGGCGCAGAGAAUGAAGAAGCGAGAUGCCGGCUCCGCCCCGGCGCUCGGCGACCGCGUGGCCUACGUGAUGGUCAAGGGCGCGGCCGGGUCCAAGAACUUUGAGCGGUCCGAAGAUCCCAUCUACGUCCUGGAGAACAACGUGCCGAUCGACACCAAGUACUACCUGGACAACCAGCUGGCCAAGCCGCUGGGCCGCAUCUUCGAGCCCAUCCUCGGCGAGACCAAGGCCAAGUCGCUGCUGACGGGCGACCACACGCGGGCCAUCUCGGUGGCGGCGCCGACGGUGGGCGGGCUGAUGAAGUUCGCCAAGAAGACGCAGACGUGCAUGGGCUGCAAGAAGCCGCUGACGGGCAAGGAGGAGAGCCAGGGGGCCGUGUGCGCCGACGACGCGCCGCGCAUCGGCGAGCUCUACAAGAAGACGCUCGACAAGGUGUCGGACCUCGAGGUCCGCUUCGGCCGCCUGUGGACGCAGUGCCAGCGCUGCCAGGGCAGCAUGCACUGCGAGGUCAUCUGCAGCAGCAAGGACUGCCCCAUCUUCUACAUGCGCAUGAAGGCCAAGAAGGACCUGGAGGAUGCGAACCGGGAGCUGAGGAGGUUUGAUUUCGACCAGGCGGCGAUCUGGUGAUCUGGUGAGAUGCCGGUGGGAUCAUCAGGAGCUGGGUCGAGUUUAUUUUUUUCUUUUUUUCUUUUUUUUUUUCUUUGUUCUUUUUUUCUUUUCUUUUCUUUUCUUUUCAAUGCAAAUUAUGAUAAGGAGGCACGGGCGUUUCUGGGACUUGGUAACUUGUUUAAUGUAGCAACGGGAUGAUGGUUAUGGUUAUGCAGUGGUAUCUUGUUG